AAGUCCGGCAGAACAUGCGGAAUUGCAUUUGCAGUGAUGGCAGGGAGGCAUGGAUUCGGAGCAGGGCAGCCAAAUGUGGUCGAUAAUCAAGUCGAUCUGGUGAUGCGAUCGGUUGCGCUAGGAGUUGCGAGUUUGUCUAGCGUUUUCUUGGAUUGAGGAGGUGAUGACUGUCGAGGGAAGGCUGGAUGAUUUGGCAGAGGAGAGGAGAGGAUUUUCCGGGGGAGUUUAGCUCAACUUCCAAAGGCGUGGCGUGAAUCUGCUUUGAUCUAUGGUGAUUCGGAGGCGUCUGUGAGCUAAUGACGGGGUGAAGAGUUGUGUUUCAUUUUCUUUUGCGGCGGAUGUGGAUUCAAGCUCUUUGCAAUGCAGGUAGCUAGAAUUAUAGCGCGUCCCCGGUGCUUCUCCUCUGUAUAUGUGCCUUCCUACAGGAAUGGCGUUUCGAAACUUUUCCGUGCCGAAUUGCGUAGUCAAGAUAGUAAAAAUAAUGUCGUACAAGCCACAUGCUUGCAACCUUAUUUUUCAAGGCUCUUUCCGAGCAUCACUUCUCGGGAGUCACGCUUGAAGCUACUGAAGCCAGUUCAGUCGACGGUCAAUAUUGGUAGAAGUUUUGGACGAAGCUGGAUCUGUGGACUGGCCAUUGGGAGCACAUACUUAAGUAGAUAUUCUGGUUUAGGCGAAGUCUCUUAUAUGGAGAAGGAUGAGCAGGUAAAAAAGUACUCAUCCGAAAUCUCUGCAAAUUGGGAAAAGCGACAGUACCGGCUGGUCCUCUGGAUCAGGAGAUUGUGGUUACCAUCAUUGUGUGUAUUGACAAUAGCCUUAGGCUGGCAAUAUCCCCUAUCCCUGGUGGCCAACAUUCUCUUUCUAAUGUGGAGCUCAAAACCUAGUCCUUCAUCCAUCUAUAUGUGGGUCGAAGAGAGACGUGAGGAAGAAGCUAUGGAGAAGCGUGGCUUGGAACGUGUCAAAGCCCAGGUUAGUGGGUUUCUAGAGGCUUCGGCCGUGAUGCAUGUAGAAGUUCGGGAUUAUAAACUUUUCUGUUUGGCCAGAGUCACAUCUUUGACUAAAAGGUCGACAAUGAUAGGUAUAUUAGGUGAUUGGUGGGUGAUUUACUCAUCAACCCACGCCAUUCACACCGGUGUGAACAUGAGGAACUUGAUGGCAACGGUACCCCCUUUUGUAAAAGAACAGUUUAGUAUGAAUUAGCGAGUAUCUGUAUGAUAUGUAGGGCAAAACGGCGGCUGAUGUAUCGUUUUUCAAAGUUUUGCGAGCUCCAAUCUUGACAAUGAGUGCCAACUAACGGCAAAAGGUCAUGCUUCUGUGAUUCUGCUGGGUGGUUUGAUCAGUAAGUGCUUUUAUCAAUUUAUUCGGAUGGACUGUUUGAGGCAUGUCAAGAAUGAUACUUACUCACAGCUUCAACAGACGAUUUGAUUUAAGGACCCAUUAGGGAUACUGUUCUCUUUGUGGCAAUCGGUGUAUCACCCAAGCUGUUUGUCAUAUUUCAUUCUCUGGACAUUUAUGCUAUGUUCGACCUUGCUCGGUCUUGACUUGUCCUUGUUACUCUCAUUAUUAUCAUAGUGCACAAUCCACUUAACAAUUCAUCUAGUAUUGAGCUUCAGAACUUGACAUUUAGUCUUGAAUGAAUGAGAUUGAAGAUCGAAGUACAGCAUUUAUGCCUCUAAUUGGCUGAAGUAUCAAAGA